AUGGGCUCUGUGUUUUUGCCAAACCUGCGCACAGGCUGGCACGUCGACCAGGCGAUUCUCUCGGAGGAAGACCGGCUGGUGGUGGUGCGUUUCGGGGACCCAGGGGCCCGGGAGGUGUUGCAGAUGGACGAGCUGCUCUACAAGGCGGCGCCGCUGGUGUCGCAGUUUGCAGCGGUGUAUACGUGCGACACGACGGUGGUGCCGGACUUCAACGAGAUGUACGAGCUCUACGACCCGGUGACGGUGAUGUUCUUCUUCCGCAACCGGCACAUGAUGUGCGACUUCGGCACGGGCAACAACAACAAGCUCAACUUCAACCUCACGGACAAGCAGGAGCUGAUCGACAUCCUGGAGGUGGUGUACCGCGGCGCCAGCAAGGGCAAGGGGCUCGUGGCGGCGCCCAAGGACUACUCGUACAUCAACAAGCGGAACGCCCGUGGCUAG